AUGAUGGAAAACUCCUCCAGAGAAAUUAGUUUUGUUUUGAAUGGACUGGAUGACACAUGGACAAACAGACAGAUUUACUUUGCAUUAGGUCUGGCAGCCUAUAUUUUAAUUCUGUUUUUAAAUGGGACUUUAGCUAUUACUAUCAUUCUGGACAAAACUCUUCAUGAGCCCAUGUUUCUGUUUCUAUGCAAUUUGUUCAUAAGUGCAGUAUGUGGUACAUCUGCUUUCUAUCCAAAAAUUCUUACAAAUAUUGUGACUGACACUUAUGUUAUUUCAUAUACAGGCUGUCUUUCACAAAUGUUUAUCAUGUAUUGUUAUAUUUUUUGUGAUUUCACGUGUUUAACAGUUAUGUCAUAUGAUCGCUAUGUAGCUAUUUGCAAACCUUUGGAGUAUCAUUCAAUUAUGACACUGCAGAAGGGGGUAAAAUUACUCAUUUUUAUAUGGUUUACCACCGUGCUAGAAACAUCUAUUGGAACUUAUUUAACAGCACGACUUCAGUUAUGCAGUAAUAAGAUAGACAAGCCUUACUGUUCUAACUGGGAGGUUGUUAAGUUAGCCUGCACAGAUGUGACCGUAAACAAUGUGUACGGCUAUUGUUUAAUAUUUUAUCAUACUUUUCAAAGCAUCUUUGUUGUCAUAUCAUAUGUCCUCAUAAUCAGAGCUUCUUUGCACUCCAAGACAGGGCGAGUUAAAUUCAUGCAGACAUGUCUUCCCCAUUUACUAUCACUCCUCACAUUCACUGUUUCACUUGUGUUUGACGCAAUGUACUCUCGUUAUGGUAAUAAACAGGGACAUCAAACUCUACACAACAUCUUAGGCAUGGAGUUUAUUAUUGUAUCUCCUUUACUAAACCCUAUUAUAUAUGGAAUAAAAUUAACCCAGAUACGACAUGGGUUUGUCAAACUGUACAGACAGAGAGUUAAAGCUUUACUCCUUGAGUUUGUUAUUGUACCUCCUAUACUAAACCCUAUUAUAUAUGGAAUAAAACUGACCCAGAUACGACAUGGGUUUGUAAAACUGUACAGACAGAGAGUUUACCACACACUUGAUAUCAGCAAAUGUAAAAAGUUUUUAAUGCAGUAA